AGAAAGAAUGGGAGGAGAAGUUGCUGGUGGGAGAGUAAGAAGGAUCAAAAGAAAAUCGAAAGGAGGAAAAGACAUGGAACGACAGAGGGAGGAGGAAAAGGAGGAGGACAUGUACGGGGAGUGUCGGGGAGGAGGGCGACUUGACAAGGUUGAUUAUGUUGUGGUCGUUGUUCCUGCCGAAGGACACCCUUAACCUUAAUACCAAGUAGUUAUUUCCCUUCUGCCGAUGACCGUACAUGCUCUCCACCCGUAGAAGUAUGUCUCACUCGGGGUCACCUUCACCUCCUCCACCGCUGCCGCCGGUCAUGAAUCACAUAAUCAUUACACAUGCCUCUACCGCAGAAGCAGAUCCUUUAUGCGGAGGCCACCGAGCCCUAUUGUUUUUUUUCCGAUAAGAUUAUCCAUCCAAUGGCGGACAAUAGCUUGGGGAGGCGUCGCCCUGUGGUUCUGGAGGCGUGUGUAGCCAGUCUUGCCCCGCGACCCUCAUGUGCGGCUGAAGGCGACGACGCUUGGCUCCGCUAACAUCUGCAAGGAGUCAGUAUGUUCGGAAAGCGUCGGUGCAUGAAGUGACAAACUGUCCCUCAGGAAGACCAGUGACAGUCUGCGGGCCGUGGUGAUGCACUGAUCCCCCGCAUGUUGACCAAAGUACCUCAAGUCAAAGGAAACUCCUCACUGUGUAGCAUCACCCAUAUAAAAGCCCUAGUUGUAGCCUCAGGUCAGAGAGCGCUCCCUCGGGCAAGUAAUUAUAUUUUACACCAUGGCUCCAAAUCCCCAAAACGAGUCCAGUCCGCUUUUGGGGACCUCGGAGACGAAGGUUAGCAGUAGUUCAGCCCUGAAGACGGAGGCACCAGCGAGGCCCUCAUGCUCACGAUCGUGCCAUCUCCUGUCCCUAGUGACGGUGGAACCCGCCCUAUUCCUGAUGGCGCUAGGCUUCGGAAUGGAGCAAGUCUUCAAGACCAACAUGCUUGUGGACAAGACGUGUGCCAUCCAGCUGAACUACUCCGCCGACGUGUGUCGCAACCUGGACUCAGGCAACUACAAGGUAGAGCAAGACGCCACGCAGAAGCUCGUCGCCAACUACAACCUCUACUGCCAAGUGAUCGAGCUGCUGCCCGGCGCACUGGUCACGUUGCUUCUCGGUGCUUGGAGCGACACACGCGGCCGCCUUCUGCCCAUCCUCAUCCCAGCUGCUGGCGCCACGCUUAAGGCCCUCGGCUUAUGUUGUAACGCCUAUUGGUGGUCUCUGCAGCCAUGGUACGUACUCCUUCCCUACAUACCGUACGGGCUGACUGGCAGCAUGAUGUCACUCUUCAUGGGCGCCUACGCCUACCUAAGUGACUUGAGCAGCCACCGAAGCCGCACCACCCGCCUAAGCAUCUCCGGCAUGAUGCUUUACGUGGCGAUGCCCCUCGGGAACAUAAUGGGGGCAGCUCUCUACUCCCACGGAGGCUACGUGGCUGUGUUCGGGGCGGAGUUCAUAUUCUGUUUCCUGUCCCUCGCCUACUUUUUGAUCAGACUCAAAAACUCAACGCCUGAGUCGACAGCCGCGAAGACGGAAGAGAGAAAAGUGUCGCCUCUGAGUCAGCUGCGGCGGUCACUGAUGGUGGUGGCGCAGCGGCGGGCGGCGAACGGCAGAGCGCGUAUCCUGGGCCACGUGGCCUGCAUCGCCCUCUACUUGGUGGUGUCCAUGGUUAUGUUCAGCUUCAUGUUCCUCUACACGCGGAAGAGGUUCAUGUGGGACUACAAGCAAUACACUAUCUGGAGCACCGUGAACUCAGUCGCGAGCUCCCUCGUCACGUGCUUGGCCCUUCCCCUCCUGAGCUUCCGUUUGGGCAUCGAAGACUCGCUGCUGGCCUUCGUCGGGUCUGCCACACACGCCUUCUACGGGGUGGUGGUGGGCACGGCGCCAGACCCCUUCUUCCUCUUUCUGGCGGUGGUUUUGGCCUCUGCCGGGGGCUUCACCAUCUCCUGUUCGCGCGGCGCUCUGUCCAAACUGGUGGCGCCCAACGAGCUGGGCGCCGUGUUCUCCGUGGUGGGUCUGUUCGAGUCGCUGGGGCCUGUCAUCGCGUCGCCCCUCUACACGCUCGUCUAUGACUACACCCUCGAAUUCUACCCCGGCACCGUGUUCCUCAUCUCGGCCGCUGUCUCGCUGUUCAUCUGCUGCAUCUACACGUGGCUGUUGACUGCCUUCCCCGCUGCUGCCUCGCCCUCGCCUGUGAACCCAAAGCAAGACAAGAGUGACCACCCACAGGCCUAGACUCCCGCACGGCUGCUGAGACCCAACUUUUGCAAACACAAGCAUUUGGGGUGCCUUCGGGGCUCAAUUUAGAUUACUAAAGGCAAUUUUGAAGCGCUUUUGGCCUCUCGUCUGUAUACAGUGUGGUCCCAUAUGUAUAUUUAUCAUUGUAAAAAUAUCAUAUAUCUAUUUUUGUUCGACAUUUUAAGAUACUAUAAUUGACCUACUGAUGAUGGUAGUGGGCAGGGUAGGUACACUAUGGUGCCCUAAAAAUAAUCCUGCUUAGGGCUCCUGUAAGGCUUUAAAACCUCCACUUCCCGUCUCGGUUCGUCAUGGCUUAAGAUUGGAGUCAGUACCUGUUUACAAAUUCCUGAACUGUAGCAGUGUUCAGCACCCGGCCCGGUUUAGGUUAGAUUGGAUUACGUCCGUUUAGGUUGAUGGUGAAUAAAUACUUUUUGCCGGGAAAUACACUGAGAAUAAUUAGGAGAGGAUUGCGUUUUCAGUUUUGACCCACGGCUCAGAGGUCCGGGAAGGUCACCGGCACGCAGACACUUCAAUUUGCUUCCUGAAGAGACCGGAAUGUAAUUUUAUCAGAGCAUGGAGGACACAUAUGCGAUACCUCGUUCUUGGUAGGCCAAACAUACGACUAAUGGGGGAGACAACAUCCGGGUUUUGUUUGUGAUAUUCUAGUCUAAUAGCAGUAAAAGCGAAAUUGUGUCACAGAGUUGGCGGGUGUAACGAGUUAGGAACCAGACAAGAGGAUUCCCGCUUAACGAGUGCUUGUAUGGUUCAGAAAUCGCACUCCACCCGACUUCCCUCCUAUAAACUAUAUAUAAACUAUUUUUUUUAAACUUUCUCCUAUAAAUACUCACACACGAUAUAUAUAUAUAUAUAUAUAUAUAUAUAUAUAUAUAUAUAUAUAUAUAUAUAUAUAUAUAUAUAUAUAUAUAUAUAUAUAUAUAUAUAUAUAUAUAUAUAUUAAUAAAAAGCGACUACAAACAUUUUUUAUUUUUUUUUAUCUGCCAAAGUAUAUGUUUCUCACACUCCACGUGACUUGCCUCGUAUAAACCUUCUAUUAUUGUACUUCCUUCAAACCUCCCCCUAUGAAUAC